GAUUGGCAUCGCCUGGCAAUUGGGCAUUGUUUUUUAUAGAAGCAGCAAGAUGAGCACUUACCUACAGAGCAGCGAGGGCAAGUUUAUCCCGGCCACCAAGCGGCCGGACGGUACCUGGCGGAAGGCGCGACGCGUCAAGGACGGCUACGUGCCCCAGGAGGAGGUGCCGCUCUACGAGAGCAAGGGCAAGCAAUUCGUGGCCCAGCGCCAGGCCGGAGUGCCGCCUGGCAUGUGUCCCCUGGUGGCCGCGGAGUCGAAGAAGGAGCGCGAGAAGCAGGAGAGGAACCGAGCCAGGAAACAGGACAAGGAGGCUGGCAAGCAGCCAAAGGCAGCGACGCCCGGUGUCCUGGUCUUUCCGCCCAGCACGUGUCCGCCGCCAAAAGCUAAUCAGCAGCAGCCCUCCGGCAGCAGGGAGAUCAACUCAGUGGCCCAGGCACUGGAGGACACCCUGAAACUGGACGGCGCUCAGGAGGUGGAUCCCGCCAAGCAAUUGAAAAAGUUGCGCAAGAAAAUCCGCGAAAUUGAGCAGAUCGAGAGCAGGAUACAGGCCGGCGAGCAGAAGAAACUGGACAAGGACCAGCUGGACAAGGUGAAAAAGAAGGCGGAGAUCCUGCGGCAGAUCAAGGACCUGGAGGGCGAGCCGCGCUCGUAGCCCUAGGUGCCAGCUAACUCAGAUACUGCUAAAUCCUCUUCACAUCGUGAACAAAUCAACGACCAGAUGUCGCGCCGCCUCUAAACGAGAGCAAGAACACAUACAUGCCUAUGUCUGUUGAAUAGUUAUAUUAGUUGUAGCCGAAGAUGUCAAGCCAUUUAGUCGUAUCGAUCUAUUUUAUUAAUGUGUGUCUGUCUUAAAGCCUAGUUUAUACGAAUGGAGGAGUGCCGCGUUUAUUUAUGUAUAGGUAACUUUGUAAAUCAGAUUUAAUAAACCAAACCCAUUUGAAGCAAAA